UGCGGCGGCGACAAGGGCAAGGGAGGCAAAACCAACCGGAGCCAGGCUCUUUUUCUAGGAAACUCUGCCAGACCUGUGUGGCGCCUGGAGACUUGUUACCCGCAGGGCACCUCUUCUGGCCAGUGCUUCACCGUAGAGGACGCGGACACCGUGUGCGCCAGGAACUGGAGUCGGGGGGUGGCGGCGAGGGGGGAGGAGCAGCAGGUGAGAGGGAAGCAUCCACCGCCGCUUUGGAACUUGUCGGAUUUUUACCUUUCGUUUUGUAAUUCCUACACACUUUGGGAGUUGUUCUCUGGGUGGUCCAGCCCCAACACUUUGAACUGCAGUCUGGAUGUGGUGCUUCAGGAGGACGGCGAGAUGACCACCUGCAGGCAAUGUGUCGAGGCUUACCAAGACUACGACCACCACGCUCAGGAGAAGUACGAAGAGUUUGAAAGCGUGCUCCAUAAAUAUUUACAAUCAGAGGAGUACUCGGUGAAAUCGUGUCCGGAGGACUGUAAGGUUGUCUACAAAGCCUGGCUCUGUUCCCAGUACUUUGAAGUCACGCAGUUGAACUGCAGAAAGACCAUCCCUUGCAAGCAAUACUGUUUGGAGGUUCAGACAAGGUGUCCAUUUAUAUUGCCCGACAAUGACGAAGUCAUCUACGGAGGACUCUCCAGUUUCAUCUGCACAGGGCUCUACGAAACCUUUCUAACCAAUGAUGAACCAGAAUGCUGUGAUGUCAGGAGAGAAGAACAAUCCAAUAGCCUAUCCAAAGGGACAGUAGAAAAAAGUGACUCCUGCCAUAGGACAUCGCUCACAGCAUCAUCAGCAACACGAUUGUGCAACAGCAGACUCAAACUGUGUGUCCUUGUCCUGAUUCUCUUACAUACAGUACUCACAGCCUCCGCAGCACAGAAUGCAACGGAACUGAGCUUCGGCGGCAUCAACGCACUGGACGAAAACUCUACCAAUGAGGACUAGUGGAAGGAUGAUACAUCAUCAGAGAAGCAACUGGCCCACCAUGAAAAAUGAAACUGCUGUCAAACGUAACAGAAACUGGGUGCUUUUACCCUUUAACGACUUCUUGCAAGGCCUUUAGGGUAAAAUUUAAAAAGAUGGGCCUGAAUCCAAACAAGGACACAAACACAGCUUUUUUUUGACUAAAAGGCUGUAAAGUGACUUAAAUUUCUCACACCAUUUUAUACACUGUGUUUUAAUGUUUGGAGGUUUUAUUUGCUUUCGUUUUGUUUAUUUGUUUGUUUAUUUUUUUGCACUUGUUAAUACAGGAUUUGUUUUGGGGGAUGGUUUCUCAGAGGUAAACUAAGUCUUUUCACUGUCUCUAUCUAUAUAUAUUUCUAGUCAUUGUGUAUGUUCAUCAGAUAGCUCUGUCUUCUAUGUCCUGUCAGUUUCUAUUAGAGGAAUGAUUGCUAUGACCCCGUGGUAUAGCAAAAAACAACAACAACAAAUAAUUUUAAAAAUUUAAAAAGACAAAAAAAACAGAAAACAAGAAAAAAUACACAAAAAAAGAAAUCCCUUACUCUCUUCUACCCAAGGAACCCACACCCUUUCAGGCCCCUUCCUCCUCUGGUCCCCUUCUCAUACCCUUAAGCAGACAACACCCACUUGCUUCUGUCUGUGUAACCACAGUGAACGGGUGUGCACACCCAGGUGGGCUUCAGAGCCACUGCUGCACAAACCCACAACCGAGCAGAACCAAGAGGGCCCAGUGGGGGCUCCUUUUUAGCUGAACAACAAGAGCUCUCCAUCAUAGAUGGAAUCAGACAGGUAACAUUUUUUUUAUGUUGAAAUGAAGAUAAAGGGAAAAGGAAAAAUUUAUAAGGUGAACCGUGUUUCUCCAGUCCCCAAUUCCAAGACGUCCAGUCCCCUCUCUCCGGUCAGGUGAUGAGUAGCAGUCACCUGGAAUCAGAAUGUAAAGAGGUAGAGGGAGAAAGCCCCUCCUUUGGAGGCUGGAGGCUGGCUGGCUUUCAUUGUGAUUCCAGUCCUGCUGCAAUAAUUUUACACGACCCGACUCUGGCCAUGGGAAUGGGAACAAAGAGACUGAAGAAUCAAUCUGGACUUCUUUUCCUUCUUCUUCUUCUUUUUUUUUUGGUGUGGAAGAGAUAUUAGAAAUGCUCACACAGCUGCAGUAUGCAAAAUAUAUAAUACACUUUUACCCCAGUAUUUCCCCCAAUAUUGUUUAAAUUCAUUUCAGGUACAAAAUAUAUGCGAUUGUGCAUUAUCACAAAGGAACAACUUCUUUUAAAAAUAAAUGAAUAAAUAAAUAGGUCAGCCGUUUUUUUGUGAAAGUGCAAAAUCUUUAGCAUCCUAACAUAUGCUCUAGGUAAUAAGGAAAAGAGGAGGAAUCUGAUUGCCCGGUGUGCAUUUAUUUAUUUCUUUUGCGUGUGGGAACAUUUCACUUGCUGGGUGUAUAUGAAUUUGCUUUCUACAAAGGCUUUUUAUGAGUUUACAGUAGAAUCAGUGGAAGGAAGAGUUAAAUAAGGGCUGUUUUUAAAAAAAAACACAAAAAACAAAAUAUGAUUAAAAAAAAAAAAAACCACUUUACAUUCCUUCCUAUUCUCAAACUACACUUGGGAAGUGCACUUCAGAUAUGUUUGCUGUGUAGCUGGGAGAUGAAGGAAAAUUCUAGAAAAGGUCCUCUUAGCAAACAAAAUUUAGUUACUAACUUUAUAGCAAUGAAAUUUCCCUAAGCAUUUGUUUUUGUUCAAACAGACUUUAACCUCUGCAUCAUACUUAACCCUGCGACAUGCGUACAGUAUGCAUAUUUUGUUUUGAAUAAAAAAAAUUGUUUUGUUCCAGUCUGUUAAGAAUAUUCAAAAAAUAAUAAAGGUAUUGCUUAAUAAAAUUGCUAGAAUGGUUUAGCA